UUCAACUGCCUCACCAGCUAAAGACUCACUCAUCACGUCUAUAAUCGCAACACUAGAUUGUUGUCUUGGUUUCCCAGCCUCGAUUCCUUACUGAUGAGGGACUUUCGGCCCGACUGACACAGGGAGAUGGGGGUACUCAAUAUUUCAGACCAGCCGCCUCUGGUCCAGGCCAUAUUUAACAGAAAUGUGGAUGAAGUGAAGUUAUUUUUGCACAAGAAAGAUGAAGUCAAUGCACUGGACCAAGAGCGCCGCACACCUCUUCAUGCUGCUGCCUGGCUGGGGGACGUUCAUAUAAUGGAGCUUCUCAUCAACGCAGGUGCGAAUGUCAAUGCAAAGGACCAUGUGUGGCUAACACCAUUGCACAGAGCAGCUGCUUCCAGGAACGAGAGGGCCGUGGGACUGCUGCUAAGGAAGGGAGCUGACGUUACCGCGCGGGAUAAGUUCUGGCAGACACCACUGCACAUUGCGGCGGCCAACCGAGCCACGCGUUGCGUCGAGACCCUGCUGCCCCAUGUGACCAGCCUGAAUAUGGCCGACCGCACAGGCAGAGCGCCCCUGCAUCACGCUGCUCAGAGUGGAUACCAGGAGAUGGUUAAAUUGCUGCUGAACAAGGGAGCCAAUCUGAGUGCCAGUGACAAGAAGGACAGGCAGCCCAUUCAUUGGGCAGCUUACCUUGGACAUCUGGAGGUGGUUAAGCUGCUGGUGUCUCAGGGCUCGGAUAAGAGCUGUAAGGAUAAGCGGGGAUACACCCCUCUCCACGCUGCUGCUGCCAGUGGCCACGUCGAUGUGGUCAAGUACCUGUUACGCAAUGGAGCCGAGAUUGAUGAGCCUAAUGCCUUUGGAAACACUGCUCUCCAUGUGGCCUGCUACACGGGACAGGAGGCCGUAGCCAAUGAGCUGGUCAACCGUGGGGCAAAUGUCAACCAGCCCAACCACCGUGGCUACACGCCCCUGCACCUGGCUGCCGUGUCCACUAACGGGGCUCUCUGCCUGGAGCUGCUGGUCAACAACGGUGCUGAUGUCAACAUGCAGAGCAAAGAAGGGAAAAGCCCUUUGCACAUGGCAGCCAUUCAUGGACGUUUCACUCGUUCUCAGAUCCUCAUUCAAAAUGGUGGGGAGAUAGAUUGUGUGGACAGAUAUGGCAAUACUCCUCUUCAUGUUGCUGCUAAGUACGGCCAUGAGCUGCUUAUCAGCACCUUAAUGACAAACGGUGCUGACACAGCCAGACAAGGGAUUCAUGGGAUGUUUCCUCUACACUUAGCUGUGCUCUACGGGUCCUCUGACUGUUGUCGUAAGCUACUUUCCUCAGGUCAGCUCUACAGCAUUGUGUUGUCAAUGAGUAAAGAACACGUGCUCUCAGCCGGAUUUGACAUCAACACCCCAGACAACUUUGGGAGGACCUGUCUACACGCUGCUGCCUCUGGAGGGAAUGUUGAAUGUCUUAACCUGCUUUUAAGCAGCGGAGCUGACAUGAAUAAGAAGGACAAGUUUGGCAGGACUCCUUUGCACUAUGCAGCCGCUAAUGGGAGGUAUCAGUGUGUGGUGGUUCUGGUAGGAGCGGGGGCGGAGGUCAAUGAGCGUGACCGCUCUGGCUGUACACCUCUACACUACUCGGCUGCAUCAACUGCGUUCUGCAGAACGGACCGACCCCAUGCCAGCACCCAUCAGAACCAAGAGGAUGGGGAGAAGGAAUCCUUUCUGUGUGUGGAGCAUUUGUUGGAUAACGGUGCUGAUCCAUCUCUGUGCAACACUAAAGGAUACAGUGCUGUGCAUUAUGCUGCGGCCCACGGCAACAAACAAAACCUGGAGCUGCUUUUGGAGAUGUGCUUCAACACACUAGGAGACAAGGAUAACAAUGGGUCCAUCAGCCCACUACACUUGGCGGUGGAGUCAGGUCACUGGGAAUGUGUCACCGUGUUAAUUGAGUCUGGAGCGUAUGUGGAUGCCUGUGACCCGGUGGGGCGCUCUGUGUUGUACGUGGCCUCUCAAAGAGGACAUUCUCGCUGCGUAGAGCUGCUGCUCUGCCAAUCAGCAUCUUGCCUGCUCUCAGAGCACCGCAGCAAAUGGGGCCCUCUUCAUGUUGCAGCUGCCAACGGCCACUCAGAAUGUCUACGGAUGCUGCUCUGUAGCGAGGGGGGAGCCGACCUUGCUAAUGUUACAGAUGCCGAGGGACAAACUCCACUAAUGCUGGCAGUGCUGGGGGGACACACUGACUGCGUGCAUCUGCUGCUGGAGAGAGGAGCUUGCCCUGAUAUAAGAGACAGGAGAGGAAGAACAGCCUUACACAGAGGGGCGGUGAUGGGUCGGGAGGACUGUAUAACCGCCCUGCUGUCCCACAACAUCUCAGUCCUCAGCAGAGAUUUUCAGGGGCGAACCGCGGUCCAUCUGGCUGCCUCUUGCGGCCAUGCUGACAUUCUCUCCAAUCUUCUUUCUGCUGCUGACCACUCCCAUCCCCACGACCCAAUCACAGACCGCCACGGCUACACACCUUCACACUGGGCAGCCUAUCACGGUCAUGAAGACUGUUUGGAAGUUUUACUUGAACUUAAACCAUGUAGUAUCCAGGAGGGAAACCCCUUCACCCCACUGCACUGUGCUCUCAUUAAUGGCCAUAGUGGUUCUGCAGAGCUGCUGUUGGAAUCCAGUGUUUGUAAUUCGCUGGUAAACAUCAGGGAUGCCAAAGGAAGGACCCCGCUUCACGCGGCCGCAGUUGCCGAGGACGUGGCUGGGCUGCAGCUGGUUCUGCGGCACGGAGCUGACAUCAACGCCGUGGACCACUCAGGGCGUUCUGCACUGAUGGUGGCCGCUGAUAAUGGCCAAAGCGGUGCUGUGGCCCUGUUGCUGCACAGAGCCAAAGCCGACCUGUCCCUCCUGGAUGUGAACAAGAACACUGCCCUGCACCUGGCCUGCAGCAAGGCUCAUGAAAUGUGUGCCAUGCUGAUCUUGAAGGAGAUCCACAACCCUAUCCUCAUAAAUGCAACCAACAGUAUGCUUCAGAUGCCCCUCCACAUUGCCGCCAGGAAUGGUUUGGCCACCGUGGUUCAGGCCUUGCUGAAUCGUGGAGCCACAGUGCUGGCAGUGGAUGAGGAAGGUCAUACGCCAGCCCUGGCUUGCGCAUCCAACAAAGCUGUUGCCGACUGCCUAGCUCUCAUUCUGUCAACCAUGAAGCCUUCCUCCUCCAUGCCCUCCUCGUCCUCACCGUCUUCUCCCAGCCUCAACCUGCUCAAGCACUGUGGCAUCACCGCCGCCGCCCCCCCUCUGCCCAAUGGAGGCCUUCGCCAUGGUUACGGCAAAGAUCGCCAUGGUGCUACUAUUGGCUUGGAUGGCUACUUGACCGAGUGAGGCAUUCUUACUCGCUAAAAAAAAAAAAAUGGUUUGGUCCUCUCUACACACCUAGAUAAACCUAUAUGCAAUUACAGCCACACAUCCCUCCUGUGCCAGUAUCAAAGCUUUUCUUCACAUCUCAGUAGAGAGCGAACACGAGAGGACGAGUUUAGCUAAUUAUAGCUAUUUAUUUCUAUUUAUUUUCCCCCCGCUUUUCCUUUUCCCCCCCUACUCCCCUGACUCCCAUUUUAGAUGCUGUCCAUUUAGUCGUAAAUCUAAAAUCUAAGCCAUCUAUUCGAACCAGUAUCCAUCACUGGCGAGUCAGUCCUUUAUUUCUUCUCCAUUCGCCGUCGAUUCGACUCGGUUCAUGUUAGAAUUAUGCAGCUGUGUGUCUCCAUGGUAACAGUGAUAAUGGAUGGGUUUCCAUAUCAUGCCUCCUAUUUGCGUGACGCUGUGGCCUUGCAUAGGAAUUUACAGCCUGCCCUGAGGAACAAUUUAAACGGGUUACACUAGAUUUGCAUGAAUUUGCGGGACCAUGUAUUUGAUAGUGGUCUUGUUUGUGUGUUUGUGUGCGUGUGUGCACGUGUACGUGUGACAUCCACUUUUGCGCAACAGUCCAAGUUUUUCAUCCCAUACUUGAUUAUUACGUUUCAAGGUUUUUAUGUGAGGUGCAAUCUGAUUUAGCACAGAUCAGGAAAAAUAAACCUAACAGAAUCAUGUUGACAGAAGGGAAACCGUACUACCUUAAGCCAAAAGACCAAUGACCUCCUGAGAGAGGGGUCUGAUAUAUAAUGCUUGUUUACUUGUUCGAGAGAAAAGGGAUGGGGUUUGAGGUGGAAAAUUCAUAUUAGGUUUACAAUGAAGGUAUUAGGUAGUCCAGAUCACUGUUUGUAGGUGGGCAUGUGUCAUGAUUUUGGCCGUUUAAACAACAUGAAGAUGCUACACUAAGGAAGUAUAGAAAGCACAAACGUCAUUACAGAUGCAAACGUCAUACACAGUACCUGCUCCUUGGGACCUCUUAUUUUUUUGUUUCUGAGCCUCAUAAUAUAUCUUCAAUUUAAUCUACUGCUUUGCUAUAAUAUUUAGUGUGGAGUUGCUUUCACAGUGCCUACUGAAUUUAGUUUCGUCUACCUAAGGCCCAAUCAGGCGAACACGCCAUAUGCGCUCCCUAAAGUCGUCGAAAUGGUGCUUCGACCGGUGAAACAUAGGUUGAGUAUUUCACUAAAAUCUGUUAUUGAUCACCUAAAAUAGAUGAACGUGCGAUUCAUAUAUCAGAACCCACUUGGGUUGUUUUUGACUUUGGGGAGCGUAUAUGUCAAGGCUGAUUGGAGCUUUUUUACAUUUGUUUAUGGUGUUGGGGAGCAGUCAUGGGUAUGACCAAAGCCGAGCGAUUUCUAAAUACCAUUUUAUUAGGAUUAUCCCAAAAAAAGGCAGCAUCAUUAAUUAAAGUACUGAAAUAAUAGUCACCCCUGCCCUUUUUGAAAAUGCUUCCUUAUUGCCAAAGGUAGAUUAAUUAAAGUUAAGAUUGUGCUUCCAUUAGGUUUUUUGCACCUAACACACAAAAUAAGAACAUUGUGAAUGAGUGUUCAAAACAUCCCUUUUUUUGUUUGUGCACCACAAACAGGCAAUAUAUGCUCAGUCAGUAAUGAGACAAUCAGUUGAAAGGGCUUUUAAUUUUGCCAUAGAUUUCUUUUUUCCUAAACAAACAAGCGUCAACACAUUUUUCCCAAUUAGGAAGAGCUAUAUCCCGUAAUUCAAGACAUUUUAUGAAUUAAUGCAUACUUCAGGCGUGAAAUGUGGACUUGUUCUCAAUUGCUUUCAUUAUUUCAGUAUAUCAGGAUUUUAGUGAUAGAGUAGAUUUGAAGUAUUGUAACAUGAACUGCUAUUUAAUUGGUGAAUGAAGGUGUGUAGACAAACAAAACGGUAAUGUUAGAUGUUUAAAAGGCUGUGUGGAGAGCAUAUUUAUACUGAUUUGUGACCGUCAGGUUUUGGCUGCUUAAACAAGUUUCUCCACUCCACGCAGACCUGAUAUAAAGCACUUGCUUGUUAAGUAACACAAAAGGAUGAAAAAAAGUACGCUUUUGCAUUUAUCACAAGCUGUAAAUGGGCAAAUAUCUGACCUCUACUUGCAAGAGUACAAACGUGCAUGUGUGCAAAUCAGUUAUAUCGCAGUGUUUUUCUAAAUGGGCUACAUGACUAAGAGGAAGUCCCUCGUGGGAAUUAAAUUCGAGCUUAUUUACCUGUACUUGAGAGCUUGACUUUAUCACGUACAAUAACUUUUGCUGCAGUUUGGUGGAGGGAAUCAGUGCGUGUGUCUAGACAGCACAGGGUACGAUAAUGAAGUGCAAGUUGAUGAGCUUGAAGUUAUUUGCACUGCCAGUUACACUGCUUGUAGUUGUACAAAAAAAUAUUAUUUAUAAAUUUAGUCUAGAUAGUCAUACCACAUUAGUAGUUGAGUUCGAAAAACAAGUGCCCGUGGAGCCUGUGAUUAGUAAUACAUUUCAUUUGGUGCAAGAAAAAGUGCUGCUUUCGAUUGUAUCUUGGAGCUGUUUUUUUUUUUUUUCCUUUUUUAGAGGUGAUCUUUGUCUAUUUAUUAGCGUAAAAAUAAUUCUUAUCCAGCCAAAACAAACUAAAAUAUUUGUUUUAAUUCCUCAAAUUUCUAAUUGUCUUAUUGGCAUUGCACUAAAAUCGUCGAAUUGUUUUGUCGAAUGUAUGCCAUGAUGGUAGCAGCUUGCUUCGAUGUUGGUAAAAAACUAAAAAUAAAAACUUGUAUGCAGUAGUUAGCGAUUGAAAUAAUUAGCUUGACAACAGGAACUUUGGAACUGAACCCUUUCAGAUGUUUUAAUAGACUGAGUUGGUGCAUUAGGUGUUCUGUGUACGAACAAUAAGGGAACCGGUCACAAAGUGGCAAGACUUUUUUUAGGAUAGAAAGGGGAGUUUCUUCCCUGAAAAUCAUUUAGUGCCAUAACUUUUUUUCUUUUCUCAUUUUGAUACGUUUGUUAAAAUGUGAAUGAAUGAUUCCUUGGGUUCAGUUUUUGAGUGUGCGUCAAGACCAUUACCAAAAAAAAAAAAAACUAAAAAGAA